AUGAUUGACACUGCGUUCUCUCUUGUUUGCCGCCCUUCACCCGUCUCCCUCCCCCUCCCUACAGAGAAACCAGACCUCAUGCUCGACACCUCUGUCGCCUGUGACAGCCCGACCACACCGGAUGGCACCGUCACCACGCCACACCCUGCUGCUGCUGGCAAGAAGAGUCUCUUUGGCUUCCACCGCACCAACUCCAAAGGUCGCAGCAAGGAGAGUGAGGGCGCGUUCGGACCAGGGGCGGUGCAUGCAGCUACUCCUCGACCCAAGUCAACGGAGGAGAUUCGAGGGGGGUUUGGAACGCGCCGUCAGCAGCAGGUGAGAGACGGAUAG